AUGUGCACCGACUACGCCAAGAAGCCAAUCUUUUCACACUACCCGACCAUGUACACGAAAGAGGGCACUCAGAUACUGGGCAUAAUCGGCGGCUACCUCGGCUUGUGGCUGGGCCUGUCGCUGUACCUGAUCGUGUACCUUGGAGCCAAGUGGAUGCUGCUCACGCUGCGGCGCCGACUGAGUUCAGCGUUAAACAGGGCCAGCCUCUUGUGCGUGCUGGAGGCUGUGCGCGCUGUGGCGUACAGCACCAGCCUUGCCGCUUGUGCAUACAUGAUACACCUGGACUACAGUAACUACCAACGCUUCGAGACGACCGUGGCACUCCUGCAGAACUCAAUGGAGGGGACGCACUUUCCAGCCGUCACCGUUUGCAACAAGGAAGCGGUUAAUCUGUCACGGAUCUGCUGGGAACACACCGGAAAAGGAUGUGCCACCUUGGACACGUCCUACUUCCAAGAAGCGAUCUUAAACAACCGGCUACACAUCAUGAAGGACAUGAUAAAGUAUUCCUACCCCAUCGAGAGCCUCGUUCUGCACUGCUACAUGAAGACAACCGCUGACACCUGUCAGUCAUUCGAUUGCACCAACAUGUGGUACAUCGAGUAUUCCUACUACAAGACAGGCGUGUGCUACACAAUGGACCCAACGCACUCUGAAGCGUAUCGUACGUGUGGAGAGCCCUGGAAAUACAGCGUCACUUUCAGGCUCGCAACCGAGCUCGAAGGAGUUCCGGCUAAGGAGGCCAUCAUGUCGGCCCUCUUGCACCAGCAGGGACAGUUCACGGGCGGAGUGAGCAGCAGCGCCAUGUUUCGACCUGGGAAGCGGUACGCUCUAAGCGCACAGCAGACCAACGUGUUGUCGUUAAAGAUGCCGUACGAAACACAGUGCACUGACUAUGAAGAAAUGACCAGACAAUUCAACUAUACAAAGGACGUCAUCCAACAAGAGGAAUGCAGUGAAAAGUGCCUGGCAGACCAGUGGAAGAACAAGUGCGACUGUUACCCCAAGCUCUACUCUAUGAAGCACGUUCUGAAGGGCAACCUAUGCGAAUACCUGGCUCACUUGAAGUGCAACGACUACAUGAAGACAAUGAACUGGCUACCUUUCUGCCAGAACCAAUGUACCAGGCCAUGCAGGCAGGCGGUUGCAAACCUCGUCUUCAAGACGAGCUGCUGUUGGAGGGAACCGGGCUGA